AUGGCCGAUUAUCGCCCAUCUAAAAGAUUAUUACUACUUUCUCUUUGUUUUAUAUUCAGUUUUAUAAUUAUUACAUUAAUUAUAAGAAAUUCUUCUUCAAUUAAAAAUACUAAAAAAAAUAUUGAUUCGAUUGCAUCAACGACUAGUUGUAAACAUGUUUCAAUAGAUGAAUUAGAUCGAUGGUUUCAUUCUAAAACAUGGCAUGAAAUUCCAAAAAUAAUUCAUCAAACAUGGAAAAAUAAAACAUUACGUGAACGACAAGCACGUUGGAGUCAAACAUGGUGUGAACAAUAUACUGAUUGGUAUUAUCAUUUAUGGACAGAUGAUGAAAAUGAUUUAUUUGUUCAAACGAAAUUUCCAUGGUUUUAUUCAACAUAUAAACAAUUAUCACCAGCUAUUCUUCGAGUGGAUAGUGUACGUUAUUUAUAUAUGUUAUAUUAUGGUGGACUUUAUAUUGAUUUAGAUUAUGAAUCAGUACGUCGAGUUGAUGAAUUAUUUAUUAAUAAAUAUAUAGUACUUUCUUUAAUAAAUUAUUCAUUUAAUUCCAUGAAUAGUGUACCAAAUUCAUGGCUUGUUUCUCGACCUAAUCAUCCAUUAUGGACAUAUAUUUUAUAUCGAAUUAUGUUAUUAUGGUCUCGUGCAACAGAUCAAGAAAGGAAUAGUUUUUGGAAUGGUAAAGCAGAAUUUUUUACUGGACCACAAUCACUUUUUGAAGGUUUAAUGUUUUAUUUACAUUCAAAUCAACAUACAGCUCAAACACUUGAUCAACUUUUUGGAAAUAAAGAAAAUCAAAAAUCAGAUUCUAUAUUAGAAGUUGCUAAUAUAACAUUUUUAGGACCAAAAUUAAUCAAUGCAUAUGAUUGGAUGAGUGGCAUUGGUACAGAUGUAUGUUCAGCAGAAAAACCUACAUUUAAUGAAAAUAAAUGUAAAGAUAUUGUUAAACCAAUUUAUGCUAUUACUUAUUGGUCACAUUCAUAUGGACAUGGACAUGAAAAUGAUGCUAAUUAUUUAGAAAAUAAAAAAGCUCGUUAA